CUUCUUUAUUCCUUGCAGGGUCCAAUGAGGCCUCUCUCCAAGAAAAACUCCGACGAGGAUCGGAGCAGAAAGAAGAAAAAGAUCAAAUCCAAAUCGGCCAAGCGCCGUCGAGAUCCCUCGAUCUCCUCAUAUUCGUCGUCCGAAUCCGAAUCCGACUAUAAACCUCGAAAGAAGAGCUCGAGAUCGAAGAAGCUCGAGAAAAGGAAGAGAGGAUCCAAAUCGAAGAAACUUGACAAGAAAAAGAACCGCAAGAAGAGGUCUCGUAGAGAUUCUAGCGUUAGCUCAUUCAGCAGUGAUUCGGGUUGCAAGUUCUCUCCGUGCUCGGAUUCCGAGGAGAGAUCGAGGAGCCCGGUUAGGAAAUCGAAACCAAGAAAGAGGGAUAGGAAAAGCUCUAGGCGUCAUGAGUCUAGUCGCAGCCGGAGUAGGUAUAGGUCUCCGAGCUGCUCAACUUGCAGAGGGAGUAGAAGUCCAAGCCCCAGCCACAGUCCCAUUGUGGAUAGAUUUCAAAGUAGUCGUGGGAGGAGUCCAAAUGAGAAGAGAAUUCGAAGCCAAAGCCGCCCUCUAGUUGGGGAGAGAUUUGGAAGUAGUGAAGGGCGAAGUCCAAUUGAGGAGAGAAGUCGAAGCCCAAGUUGCAGUCCGUUCGAGGAAAGAUUUCAAAGUGGUCGAGGGGGAAGUCUAAUUGAGGAGAUAAGUCAAAGCCACAGUCACAGUUUAAUUGAGGAUAGGUUUAGGAGCAGUCGCAGUCCAAUUGAGGAUAGGCUUAGGAGCAGUGGCCAAUGUUCCAUUGAUGAGAGAUAUAGUGGGGAGGGAGAGAGAAAAAGGCUGAAGUCGGUUGUUGCGGUUGUGAAAACGUCGGAUAAUGAUGAGGAUAAAAUUAUUAACGCUUAUGAUGAUUACCCAUCUUCUCGGAGCUAUGAUGGUUAUGAUAAAGGGGGUAUAGAGAGGAACUUGGAAGCUGUGGACAAGAGAAUGGACUCAUAUGAGAUUCAUAGGGAUCCGCCAGUCAAGGAUUCUGAUGUCGGUGAUGGCUUGAUGAAGGAUGAUUCAAUGAGGAAGGAGAACAAUGUUGUAAGUGAAGAUGGUGUAGAGGAGGCUGCUGAAUUAGAAUUGAUUUUAAGGCAAAAAGCAUUGGAGAAUUUAAAGAAGUUUAGAGGUGCACGUCCUGUAAAGGGAGAAUCUCUUAGUGAUAAGAAAGAUGAUACUUCUAAACCUGAAUCGUGUCAAGGUUCACAACAUUUCAUUAAACCAUCAGAAUCUAAGCCUCCUAGUUCUUUAGAUGACCAAAGACUUGUUAAGCAGAUAGCAGUCCCAAAUGAAUUAAGACCAUCAGUAUCUAAAUCUCCUAGUUCUUUAGAUGACCAAAGGCUUGUUAAGCAGAGAGCAGUCCCAAGUGAAUUGAAGGCUAAGUCUGUUGUUAAUAUGACCACCGAGAAAAAUGAUGGGAAUAAAGUGCAUAAUCUUUCGAAUUAUAGUGGGGAUUCGAAACCUGUUGCUAGUUCCAUCACUAGUAGAAAGACUCCAGAUAAUUUGAAAAGGAUGCAAGUUUCUUCUAAUAAGAUGCCAGUCGAAGAAGCCUCAUUGGCCAAAGAUAACCAAAAUAAGAGAGCUGUUACCAUAACUGGCAGUGGUGGGGUUGGUAAGAAGGAAGUAGUUGCAGCUGAUACUCCAACUUCGAGAGCUCCUAACCCACACAAUGAAAAUUGCAAAUCUGAUGAACCCAUUGCUGAGUCUGCUAGUGGGGGCCAGUUCGAGGAAAAGACAUUUUCUAGAAUGCGUGACGGUGAAAUGGUUCAGGUGAGCUACAAGGUUUACAUACCAAAGAAAACACCUGCCUUGGCACGAAGGCAACUUCAAAGAUGAAGUAACUGGGAUUACAUUAUUAGAUAGCAGAUGCGGAGAUAUCUUGGUGGAGUUCACAUAUUAAGCGCAUAUUUGAUAAUUCUAUUGGUGCCUUACUGAAGUAUUUCAGGCUGUUUUGAGAGUAUGCAAUCUGUCAUCCAUGCUCACCUAUAGCGUGGUUCUUCGGAAGGAAGGGUUUACGCUGCAGCAUAUGACGAUUUACGGAAGCCAGAGCAUGGAAUUGUUUGUUCUUAAACUGAGAAGCAUCUGCAUCACCUUUGACUACUUCUUAAAAUUUUCCAUCUCUCACUGCUUUUUAAAAAUUUCAAGGCUCGUAUUGUUUAGUACAUCACCUUGUGUAUGACUUUGAUUGAGUUAAUAAUAACAUGACACAUACGGAUGUAGUGGCAAUAAUAUCAGUAUGUCGAAGUUCAUAAGGCCCUUUUCUUCCC